CCCUGUUGCUUGGUUUGGUUGCUUGGUUCAACUUGACCACGAACGCGCCGCCUGCGUGGCAAUGGACACGAAUCCCUCUUCAAACAAGUUGGCACAUCGACGGAUGCAGCUUGUACUUGCCCUUAGACUGGAGAGUCUUUAUCGCUUCUGCACGAUGUUUACCACGCUGGUUGUCAUCUGCUCUCUGUAUCAGUGUAGUGCUCGAUUUUAAAUGGCGGCAAGCCAGUGUGACGCUUAAGCGAUUUGGCAUCUUUGGUGCUAGCAAUACACGUACCAGGGCGCUUCGAUCGCUGGAAUCUGCAUUGCAGUGCUGGACUUUUGCAUAGAUUUUCCUCAGCAAGUUUGCUGACAUCCAGAGGUACAGUAUAGCCCACUCGAUAACUACGACCGUCAAAUGCUCCCUGACUUGGCAUUUGCAAUGGUAUUUAACACGACCGAAGCAGUGGGCAAUGCUGCAUUCGCAAUGCUUUUAGUAACACCAGGCUGGUGUAUUCAAGGAAUGCAUUGCCAAUUCGUGUUUGGUAUUGCAAAAAUAGUCCUUUUGUGAUUAGAGCAUGCACAAUCGUUCCCUGGUGAUGCUCAUCAAUUUCAAGCCAAAAUGACUGGGACGCACAAGCUGCACGUCGAAACACUACAGGACUUGCCGCCCCUCGAUGGCAAUGGCGAUCCAUCAAGCGUCUCAGUGCACGGUCGCUUCGUCCGCAAGCGCCACUUGUCCAAAGGCCUCGUAUUCGGCGAUAUCCAGUUGAGCGAUGGAGAGCUAUUGGAGGUCAUGAUACGCGCUCAAGAGGGCAUCCUCGACUUCGCUGCCAUUCGCCAGAUCAACUGGGACGUGCACCUUGGCGACCUGGUCACAGCUUAUGGGAAAUUGCAGUGCAAACAUCAUGGACCUGGACAUCCGGACGGUUGGCUGUUCGUGCUUCAUUCGAUCCAGGUAGACGAGCUCUGGAGUCUGCAUCACGGGGGUACCGUGUUCAGCUACACUGACGCCACGGACUCGACAAGAGAUGCACCAUCAGUGAAGGGAUCUUGGGUCUUACCGCCUUCGUCGAAAGCUGGAGCGGUCAAUAAGUACACCAACAUGGUGGUGCUCGACGGCUUCAACGCCUGCAAGUAUUAUUUCUCAUCUUCGAGUGGCGCCAAUUGCCUGCGUGGAGAACAAUGCCACUUCUGGCAUGGUCAGCCGGAAGAUUUUAAGGAAAACCGAAGGCUUUGGAUGGCGAAGCGGAUCGAACAGCGCGCAAAGGCUGCGCACCUUGCUGGUGAUAACGGUGAUCCUCACUCCAAGAUCGACAAGGCACAACGUAGCCGCAUUUUCUGCGAUUGGCUUGUGGAAUCACUAGGCGAGGGUUGUCUGGCUGCUGGAACAGGCGUCGUCGAUGUUGCUGGUGGCAAAGGUGAUAUCCCGAUUCAGCUCUGGAUUCAACGAGGCAUCCCAACCACGCUCAUCGACCCGAGGCCCAUGAAGCUUGGCAAAUACAAUCGCAAGCUUGUUGCCAAAGCCGAAUUCACAAAGGGCCGUAAAAUGAGCCCUCAACUGCUCCGUUGUCUCGACGAUGAAACAUUGAAACUGCAUACCGAGCUGUUCACGGACUGUUCCGUACUGGUUGGAAUGCAUCCGGAUGAGGCCACGGAAGCUAUCGUCGACGCUGCUCUGACAUUAGGCAAACCGUUUGCUAUCGUGCCUUGUUGUGUGAUGAGCCGAGUGUUCCCAGAUCGGCAAUGUCAGGAUGGCACACCUGUUGACACUUAUGACACGUUCAUACGGUAUCUUUUAGAGAAGCACCCCUCAAUUCAAAGGGAGUUCCUACCUUUUGCAGGUCGAAACCAGGUACUUUAUCUUUUCGACUAUAGCAAAGAACCAGACCAGAGCUCUGAUGGAGUCCAGCCAGCCAGCACAUAGCUAUUCAAAUACACACUCGGCUUGUCAUAUUUUACUUCAGCUUCUCACCUAUAUCACCUAAAAUUCUUCUGCUG